AUGGAAAUAAUGAACAAAAUUCUCUCAAGCAAGAUUGGCCUUAUGAACAAGCGAAGAUGGUGGGCGAUUUCAGCUGCUUCAGAAUCGCUCCACCUGUCUCAAGGACAAAGGGAAGAAACCCACAAUGCUAGAUGUAUUAUAAAUUUUCCAGAGUCCAAAAGUGGUGUGGCUCAGUACAUAAGGUCUGUGGAUCUGAUACUUGUAACAACUUACAUCCCACAGCACUGUUGUUCACCUCAGCGGAUGCAGCACCUCUCGACACUGGCCAGCCUCCUGAAUUGUUCUAAGAGUUUCCAGGGUGUCUUCUUUAAAGCCUUUCCCUGCAGGUUGCUGGAGACUUUAUCACUGUUGCUGGAGGCCCAGCAGCUUCACCCCAGAGGGCACCAGUGCCGCCCAGGCAAGGCAGUGCUACUUCUGAAGUGCUGGACAUUGCUGCUUCCGCUGGGCACUGCAGCUCCACCACUGCGGCCAUCCAUCUGUACACAUCUGUCUGUCCAGCUGCGCCAUGGAGCCCGAGAAUCACUCAAAGAUUGCAACAUCAAGAGUGCUCCUGGGAGCUGCUACUCCUCAGCCACUGCUUACCAUCUCUCUCCAUUUGAGCUUUCCUUCUGCCAAAAUAUACUGAGAAGUUUGAUGAGGCUAUGUGAAGCCAUGGAUGGUGGAGAGAGGUGGAUGGAGCUGAGCUUCGAGGCGAUUGAUCUGGCAACAGUGAAGAAAAUAAAGGUGAUUACCAUAGUCUUGGAACGAGACAGAGACUGA